ACUAUAUGGAAAUUAGGUUUUCAUGUUUUUGAUCGAUUUUAUUCACUUAUCUCUGAAGUUAUCAAUGUGAUUGUUGUUCAAAUUAUUUACGUACCAGAAACAUAUUAAAAGAGAUUGUCCUGUGACUCAUUUGUUGGCCGUGGUCGGAAAUCCCUCGAAGACGAUGGCGGAGAACGUAUCCCCGAGCAACACACCAACCAUUGGCAUCCUGUGCAUCGAUGUUGCCACCAAAUUGCAGAACCUUUUCGGCCAGGAUUACUAUUGCUACAUAGUCGCGUCCUAUGUCAAAUUUCUGGAGGCAUCCGGCGCCCAUGUGGUGCCCAUUUGGAUUAAUAGAAAACGAUCCUACUAUGAGUCGAUGAUGGGUCAGAUAAAUGGCAUCCUUGUGCCCGGAGGAGCGGUCUUCGUCGAGGAGGCCGAUAGACUGGCCCAUCCGGACCUGACCAGCGAUUGUGUGCAGAGUGCCGAGCACAUUUACCAACUGGCCAUGGAGCGAAAUGAGCGGGCGAGAAGGCAGAAUGACGCCGGUGGAUACUUUCCCGUUUGGGGCACCUGUCUGGGCUUCCAGCUGCUCCUCAUCCAUGCCGCCGAAGAGCCCAAGAUUCGCACCGAUUGCCAGCUCAUGAGAAAGGCCAUGCCCAUUAAACUGACUGAGGACUAUCAGAGGUCCAAGUUGUUUGAGAAUCUGCCGGAUUCCGUGGCCAGGGAGAUGGAAAGGCAUCCCUUUGCCUGCCACCAACAUCGCUUUUGUGUUACCCCAGAGCGGUUGGAGGCCUUCGGCCUCGCCCAUGACUGGCAUCCUUUGGCCACUCAGAAGGAUCCCUCGGGCUUGGAGUUCAUCACAAUUAUCGAGCACCGGCGAUUUCCCAUUUUUGGCUGCCAGUUUCAUCCGGAACGCGCUGGCUUCGAGCAGCUGAUUACUUCAGAGGAUCUCCACCACUCGGCACACUCAUGCUCGGGCAUCCAGUUGUCCCAGAUCUUCGCCAGUCGAUUUGUUGACCUCUGUCGCAGGAACAAAAAUCACUUUGAUAGCCCGAAAUCAAAGGCGCGCCAUCUCAUCUGGAACUGGCAGCCCGUUUUCUCGGGUAAAUUCGAGGCUAUCAAAUGGUUGCAGUGUUAUCUCUUUAAGAGGGAUGCGGAGUAUCCGGAGGAUACCACGGAUACUGUGGAGCCUACCACAACUGGUUGAUCCUAGUAACCAAAGCCACAAUUAAUUUGAUAUCUUUGUAAAGACUUAUUGAUCUUAUUUUCAGCAGUAUUUAAAGCAAUAAAUAUAAAUGUAUGCGUAUUAAUUUAUAAA